AUGAAGUUUCCUCAGGCACUUAAAUCUAGCUUCAGAGCUGUUAUUAUUGGACCCCCUGGUUCAGGAAAAGCAACUAUCUCUUCGCGUCUACAGAAAGACUUCGCUUUGAAAUAUAUUAGCUGUGGCGAUAUGCUAAGAAAUCAAGUUGCAUUAAAAACAGAUAUCGGGAAUCAGGCAAGCACGUUUAUCCAAAACGGCUUACUUGUUCCGGACGAUUUAGUCACUAAAAUGAUGAUUACUGAGUGUCAAAGUUGUGCGACUAAUAACUUACUUAUUGAUGGAUUUCCGAGAACUUUAAUACAGGCUAAAGACAUUCAAAGACAACUUCCUAUCAACUGCGUUCUCUGUUUAGAUGUACCUUUUGAAGAGAUUAUACGUAGAGUCAGCGGGAGAUACACUCAUCUCCCAAGUGGUAGGACGUAUAAUGAUAAUUUCAACCCUCCAAAGCGCAAAGGAUUUGACGAUGUGACUGGAGAACCUCUAAUACGCCGAGAUGAUGAUGAUCCAGUAACUGUUCGUAAACGGUUGGAUGUUUAUCAGCUUUCUACUUUACCAUUGCUUGAUUAUUACGAACAAAAGAAGAUUUUACAUGUAUUCCAUGGAUGUCGUACAAAUGACCUAUGGCCUCAAGUGUUUGAAGUUUUCUCUCAAUAUGUUAAACCUAUACAGUAUACUGAAUAUUAA